UCCACAUUUGGAAAAAGGUUGAGGGGGAAUUAUUUAUAGAAGGCCUCCAUUUGUGGGGUGAAAGAAAUUUGAAAAAAAAAAAAAAAGGUUUUUGAUCAAGAAGGGUGGUGCUGGGGCCUGGGGGUGGUGUCAUUGUAGGAAAAGAGCCUUCUUCCUUCUUCAAAUUGAAAGAAAGAAGAAGAGGGCUCUGAUAUUCUUCAUUUCAUUUCAAGGAGAAAAAAAGAACAGGGUGGUUUCCGAUGAUUCGCUUGUGGAUUGCAGCGCUCCAAUUGGUGGAGCUCUUUGUGAGUUCUAUGGUUCAUUUGGUGUAUGGGCUUUACAUAUUCAGCAUAGCUGUGGCUUCAGACAUCUCACAGGCUCUAAAUGAGUGUCUUAGACCUAAUGUAAAUAUCAAAGAGAUGGAACCUCGGGCAGCAACUAAUAAUGAUGGUUUACCUCCCAUUGUCUUGAUUCAUGGGAUCUUCGGAUUUGGGAAAGGGCGAUUAGGAGGAUUGUCGUAUUUUGCGGGAGCAGAGAAGAAGGAUGAAAGAGUUUUGGUUCCUGACUUGGGUUCCUUAACCAGCAUAUAUGAUAGGGCUCGCGAAUUGUUUUAUUAUCUGAAAGGCGGGCAAGUUGAUUAUGGAGAAGAACACAGUAAAGCUUCUGGGCAUUCGCAGUUUGGAAGGGUUUAUGAGCAAGGGCAUUACCCUGACUGGGAUGAAGACCAUCCCAUUCACUUUGUUGGACAUUCAUCUGGAGCCCAGGUGGUUCGUGUAUUGCAGCAAAUGCUGGCAGACAAGGCUUUCAAAGGAUAUGAGAACACUUCUGAGAACUGGGUUUUGAGCGUAACUGCAUUAUCCGGCGCAUUCAAUGGUACAACAAGAACCUACCUAGAUGGGAUGCAGCCAGACGAUGGAAGAGCAAUGAAGCCCGUUUGUCUGCUCCACAUCUGUCGCUUGGGUGUCAUACUCUACGAUUGGAUUGACAUUCCAUGGCUGAAGGCCUACUACAAUUUUGGGUUCGACCACUUCAACAUGUCCUGGAAGCACAUGGGAGUUUCAGGUCUUCUGGAUUGCCUCUUAGGCAAUGCGGGUCCUUUUGCUUCAGGAGAUUGGAUUCUCCCAGACCUCACAAUUCAAGGAUCAAUACGACUCAACUCCCAAAUCAACACCUUUCCAAACACAUUCUACUUCAGCUAUGCCACCAAGCGAACAAGGAAAAUCAUGGGGAUCACCGUCCCUUCCGGCAUACUUGGCAUUCAUCCCAUGCUUUUCAUCAGAGUAUUGCAGAUGAGCCAGUGGAGACAUCCUCCAGACGUCCCUCCUCCUUAUAAAGGAUAUCGGGAUGAAGAUUGGCAGGACAACGAUGGAGCACUUAACACUAUAUCCAUGACACACCCCCGGAUCCCCAUUGAACAUCCCAGCCGUUUUAUUGUAAAUGACUCUGAAUGCCAGCCUCUGCAGCCGGGCAUCUGGUACUACAAGAUUGUGGAAGCUGAUCACAUACUUUUCAUUGUGAAUCGGGAAAGAGCAGGAGUGCAAUUCGAUUUGAUAUAUGACAGCAUCUUCGAACGCUGCAGAAAGCACGUAUUUAGGAAGAAACCACAAACGCUACCUAACCAAAUCUACCAAUAGAUCAGAAUGUGUUCCAUCUAAAAUAGAACAUGGAAGCAAAAAAAAAAUGAAAAGCUACUAUAUUAGCUCCUUUACCCCUCUUACUCCUGGUAUGAUAUAGACGUUUUUCCCUUCA